AAGCAUGCACAUUACGUUUGCUGCUUUUGUCUUCAUAAAAAGGAGUUGAGUUGCACGUUUUGUAGUGUGUCUGAAAAUACUACAUUUGCAGAACUGCAAGAAGACAACAACAACUCACUACUGUACAGCUAGUUCUUUGAAGAUGCCUACCAGAGUGGAGCAGCAAACAGACCACACCAAGAGAAGUGGUGAUGAAGAUCAAACGGAUCAAAUAACCGAUUCAUCCGAUGGCUCGAAAACAUCAGCUCCUCCAAAAAAACCUACGUCUGGAGCACCAAGAAAUCGAAAGAAGUCUGCUUCACUCUCUGCAUGCAGCAAUCAAGACGAUAUCAAACCACCUUAUUCGUACAUUGCGUUGAUUGCAAUGGCCAUCUCCCACUCGCCCAACAAGAUGCUUACUCUGGGAGAAAUCUGCGACUACAUUAUCCACCAAUUUUCCUACUACCACAAGAGGUGGCCUGCGUGGCAGAACUCGAUUCGGCACAAUCUCAGCCUUAACGAUUGCUUCAUCAAAGUGCCCCGUGAAUACGGCUCCUCUGGAAAAGGCAACUUCUGGAAGCUCCAUCCAGCAAGCUCUGAGAUGUUCAAGAACGGCAGUUUCUUGCGAAGACGUUAUCGAUUCCUGCACCAACUUCCACAAAAGCCUUACAACGAGGGAAUGACCUCACCAACUGCAGUCCAUGACACGAGCAUGAUGACUUUCCCCCCUCCCCUCAUUCCGAAGCAAGAGAGCCCAGCGUACAACGGUCUUCCCUGUACAACCACGAAUGGUUUCGACAGUCGAAUAGUGCCUGCAGGUUUUGGACCGCCUGUGUCAGCUGACCAGAACAGAAUCCUUGUCCACGACGAUUUUCAGCGUUGUCGCAGUUUCUCCUCUCCACCGAUUGCUGACGUCCCUGGAAACGAGUUUGCUCACAUGCCUCAUAUGCCAGUAGCAGGAUAUUCGAUGGGAAGUCCACCUCAUCUUCACCCUCUGCGUCAUUUCCAACCUGACGUGACUCAGUCGUCGUGGAGCUAUCCUCCCUUCACGUCCCACUCGCACCAACUCCCUGUCACACCGCUCACUCCUAUCACGCCCUCACACAUGCCCUCCACACCCACACCAAUAACUCCUGCGACCCCUGGAACACCACCCAUAACACCAAUAACCCCUGGAGAUGGUCGACCAACAAGCUACGCCAAUGGCACCCAUUCCCCUAUGGACACUUAUCAUUCUGUUCCCCACGGAAGCUCUCCUCAGAUGUUCACGUAUAUGUACCACACCAACCCCCACACUUGUGCCGGUCCGAAUGGUCAUCCAAUGGUAUUUACGUUGCCCCAGCAACAACUUGGUGAAGUCCCUCCUCCUCCUCCAGCUGAACCUGGAAAUCCAAAGUACAAUUUCAUGAUCUCAAAUCUGCUGAAAAGUUCGGCUUGAUAAGACUGUGUGUGUGUGUUAUACUGUAGUUUUUUGCUUGCAUGCAGGUUAUUGCGCAACUACCCGUUCACAUAGCAGUCCUAUUUGCCUUAGCAAUUCACUUAUAUUACUUUAACUGUGCAUGCAGCUUGCUCUGAUUUAAUCACAUUUCUUGAUUCAUAUUCUGUCGCGUCAAUCUCACCAUUUUGUAGCCUAUUUAACAGUUCUGCUCUGAUUUAUAUAGUCACCAAUAACAAUUAUAUGUUGUGUCUUACACUUAUUGAGUUGUAUCAUAAUUAUUUUUGAAUCCAAAAAUCACCAUUGUACAUAAUAAUAAUAAUAUUUCUUGAGACUAUUUUUAAUGGAUGUUUCACAGUGAUUAUGUUGACCAUGCACAAUUGUGACAAUUGAGAUAAAAUAUCUGA